AUUUUUAGAAAAAUAACUUGAUUAUUUUUAAGCUAAUAAUAUAAUAAGUAAUCAAUAUAAACUUAAAAGGGGGUAUACUAUGCUUAGUAGCGAAAAUACUAAGGUUCAGUAUAAUUCUGAUAAAUUGAAGAAAGAAAUGGCACCUGGUCAAGGUGUUCAAUUAGCAGCAAGUAUAGAUAAUAACAGUGAUAGUGCUACGCCGAUUAUAAAGAAGGAUGAGAGUACAAGGACUGAAGAAGUUAAAGGUGAUAUAAGUAAUCAGGCAGCUGCAAAAAAAGACCAUCCCAGUCGAUUAACCACGGAUGUUGAUGCUUUAUUUAAAGCUCUUGAAGAUAAUAAGGUUAUUUUCCGCAAUUCAGAAUCAAAGGAAAAGCUAAAAAAAGCAUUCAAGGAAGCAAAAGACUACGACUCACUGAUUAAAAGAGCCGGAAGUAAGCGAGUGGAGAUUUACAUAAAUGCCUUUCGUUAUAAAGGAUUUAAUCGGCAUAUAAGUGAAUCAUUAAUAAAAAGCUGUGAAGAGUCUGUAACCAAGGCUGUAGAAAUUGCGGAUAAAUAUUUUGGAGGUGGGCGUAGCGAUUACUACACAAAGAGCAAAGAUAAUAAGCUGAAUAUUUUGAGCGUUUUUCUUGCUAGCGAUGUAAGUGAACCAACAAAAAUUAAUGAUCUUUUGAAAAAAGAAAAAGGCAUAGAUAAAUUAAGAGUAUAUCGCCUAGGGAAGAAAGAAGUAGUUGUUAGUAGAUCUAAAAAGGAUGAUAUUAACAUAAGGAAUUAUAACUUUAAAGAAGUGCAGGCUAUGAAAUGACAAUUAUAUGAGCUGUAAAAACCAAAAGUGGGAUUUCAAUACUCACUAUGAUUGUGGGCGUGGAUAAGAGUGGUAUCACUAAAGUUUAUAGUUGUGCGCAGGAUGAUGAGAGGAUGAAUAAUCCAAAUAUAAAAAAUAUAUUAUAUUUGAGGGGGCAAAAUCAAGAGUUAUCUAUUAAUGGCAAGUCUCUACAUGAGAUGCACAAAUUGUUUGUUAUGGGAGGGAAUAGUGAAACUUUGGUACAAAAACCUAUAACUAAUUGCGCAGUAAAAAGUCUUCAACUAACCAAUAAUUUACAAAGUAAUACUGCCACU